AUGAAUCUGAGUCGAACCAUCGAAACCAAAACUUCGAAAACCGAAGACAACUUGGACAAGAGGAGGCCUUACCGCCUGGUCGAUGUCCUUUGGCGAGAGAGCCCUUCGGCGUUGAGCGUGGAUGGCAACUUGGAAAACGACUACGCAUCCUUUGACGUGGAUCAUCCAUCUCUCGAACUCAAAGUGCUCCUUGCUAUAUUCACCGCUUCUACGUUCUUCUCGACGUGCCGCUCCGUUCGAGAAGAGCAGAGCCGGCUGCAACAGCAACGUUCUGACGAAGACUUAUUGGAAGAUGCGUGGACAAAGGCGAAUCCAUAUCUCGAUCUGAUCGACUUGAUCGAUCCAUCCCCGGAGGCAUACGGCCAUGAAGACUUCAUCCCCGAGUACUUGGCUGAGGUUUCGGAGUUCAUUGAGAUGGCCAAGGGAUAUGCAGACAUCUCCGAAAGCGAUCUAUUCGAGUUCUAUGAGCCAUCGGUGGACGUCUAUGCCACCGCUGCUGGAAUUGGAAGUGGGGACGCUAAUCCUAAAUCGAUGCCUUAUCCCGGAAGUUUAACGGACGCAGAUGAGAAAGAUGGAGAUCCUAUAAGUCGAGAUCAGGACAUUUUACUUGCUUCCGCAGAGUUGGGGCGCGACCCCCGCCCUGAGGACAUAGCAAAGUCAAAUGUUGCGAUAUACGCUCCCCGGAUGCCGGAAGGUGUUCAGCUGAUUCACGCUGUGCAGGUGCCAAGAAGCAAGGCUGUCGAGCCGGAUUGGUGUUCGUUUUACGAAGUCCCUACCAGCUCAGCAAAUGUAGAAGAAACCCGCGUUGGUGGUAGCGGGGACCUCGUUAAGGGAAAGUUGAAAGCCGGGGAGGAUGAGCCGGCGGCGGCGGCGGCCACGAGGAAAGACGCGGAGGGAACAUCGGCAAAUGUUGGAACGUGCAAAAGAUGCCAAUUCGGAGUUCAGUCUGUACGCACGUUCAUUGAGGGCAAUCACUUGGGCAAAAAAACGCAACCGACGCAACCGGCGAGGGAAGGCGGAGGUGCGCAGGAGGCGAAGAUCAACUUCAAUCCCGCUCGGUACCGAUUGGGGCGAUAGCUUGUGGGGUCCACGUUAGGAAGUUUCACUAGUGUAGUGCAGGAGAAAGCCAGGAAGAAUGAACCUUGAAGAUGUUCUUCAUAGGAGACCGCAAUUUCGAUCAUAUUUACGUUCUGAAGACAUGAAUGAUAUAAACCAAUCAGCCCAUUUCCUAUUUCUUUACGCUAAUCUUGAGCUUGACAGACGGCCGAGGGGCCCCAGAAUUUGGGGGGACGUUCUCCUCUCGGGCACCGCCCUCAACUUUGACUUUCUUGCGCUGACCAUCAUCCUCCCCGCCUUUCCUCUUCCGCUUGGAGUUAGAUUGAUGUUGCUGUAAAUGGACUUGAUCGGUGGCGGACGUAGCUGCGUU